UUUGGAUGAAACAUGGCCGUAACAACGAUAAUAGAUGACAAAAAAACUCAACAUCAAAUUUCAAGGCCAUUCAAAUAGUGCUAGAUGGCUUCAUUUGGAUGAAACAUGGCUGUAACAACGAUAAUAGAUGGCAACAAGAUUCAACAUCAAAUUUCAAGGCCAUCCAAAUAGUGCAAGAUGGCUUUAUUUGGAUGAAACAUGGCCGUAACAACGAUAAUAGAUGGCAACAAAAUUCAACAUCAAAUUUCAAGGCCAUUGAAUUAGUGCAAGAUGGCUUCAUUUGGAUGAAACAUGGCCGUAACAACGAUAAUAGAUGGCAACAAAAUUCAACAUCAAAUUUCAAGGCCAUUCAAAUAGUGCAAGAUGGCUUCAUUUGGAUGAAACAUGGCCGUAACAACGAUAAUAGAUGGCAAAAAAAAUUCAACAUUGUUGCAUAGUAACACGCAUAACGCAGUAACAUUGCAAGACUCGAUCAGAGUACACAUUGAGUGAAUAAAGUCGAUUCCAUUCUGAACUAAGGAAUAAAGCAGUUGUGUUUUUCUCAAGAUAUAUUCCCUGCGACAUAUCAUUUUGGCGACGAGGAUUAUUACUGAACCCGGAACCCGAAGCUCACGAGAUUCUGAAGCUAACGAGAAUUAGCGUCAAGGAUGAACAAUGAAAACCUUGAAACCGUUAUCAACCAAAUGGCUCAACUUCUUCAACAGAUGGCUGCUUUUAAAACUAGAAGUCCUGACGAAAUCCUUGAAUCUUUAUCGAAAACCAUCGAGGAGUUUCGUUUCGAUGAAGAAAACAACAUCACUUUUGAAAAAUGGUAUGUACGUUUCAAAGACCUUUUUCAAAACGAUGCCAGCAGUUUGAAUGACGAGGCGAAAGUGCGACUUUUGCUGAGGAAGCUGGAAACGUCCGCUCACAGCCGGUAUGUGAAUUACAUUCUUCCGAAGCAACCGCAUGAAAAUUCGUUUGAAGAAACCGUCAAUAUUCUCAAAAAAAUCUUCGGAAAGCAAUAUUCGGUGUUCCACAAAAGGUACCAGUGCUUGCAGAUAGUGAAAUCUGCAUUAGAAGAUAUCAUCACUUACGGCGGAAGAGUGAAUAAGGCAUGCGAGGAUUCUGAGUUCGAGAAUUUGAAAUUAGACGAUUUCAAAUGUCUAAUUUUCAUUUGCGGACUGCAAGCUCCGGAAUUCUCGGAUAUCAGAGCAAGACUGCUAUCUCGAAUAGAAAACGCGACGCCGGAGGCUAAAGUGAACAUUCAAACACUAAUGGCAGAAUUUCAACGGCUUAUCAAUCUGAAAGCGGAUACAACGAUGAUCGAAAAUCAAUCAAGAUCGAAGCAUUCCGUGCAUGCAGUUUCAGAGAAGAAACCGUAUCGUUUGCCACAGCCUUCCCGAUUCGACAAUUCAAAAGAUCAGCGUCAACCGAAAUCAGAUUCGAAUACUGUCCCUCGUACUCCUUGUUGGCAAUGUGGAAAAAUGCAUUUUGUACGGGAUUGCAAUUUUACAGAUCAUCUCUGCAAAGUGUGCAAAAAUGUAGGCCACAAGGAAGGUUACUGUAAAGCCAUGAGAUCAAAAUCUUCAAACAACAACACAUAUCAAAAGAGUGAGAAGAAUCAAAAUCAAAAUCAAAAGAAAUCUCAGGGAAUUUUCGUUAAUCAUGUCACGAAAAACACUGCUAAAAGGAAAUUUAUCUCUAUCAUAAUCAAUGGCAUAACUACAUCACUCCAACUGGACACCGCAAGUGACAUAACAGUUAUUUCUAAAACAACAUGGCAACAUUUGGGUCAACCGAAACUUUCUCAAGCAUCCAUUGAAGCAUCGAAUGCAUCGGGAGAACAACUCAAGCUUAUCGGUGAAUUCGAAUGCGAGGUUAUCCUUAAUGCGAUUACAGAGAAAUGUGUUUGUUUUGUUACAUCAUCACCAGUCCUAAAUGUUAUAGGUAUAGAUUGGAUAGAUAGGUUUAAUCUAUGGGCAAUUCCCUUCGAUGUACUGUGUAAGAAAGUUUCAUCAGCAUGUCCAAAGGAUCGAAUAGUACAGCUUCAAUCGAAAUAUCCAACAGUUUUCGAUGAUUCGCUUGGACAUUGCACAAAAACGAAGGUGAAACUGUUUCUGAAGCCCAAUGUAAAACCAGUUUUCUGUCCAAAACGACCAGUACCAUUCAAUACUAUCGCUCUUGUGGAUGCGGAACUAUCAAGACUACAAUCACUAGGCAUCAUCACACCAAUAGACUUUUCGGAGUGGGCUGCUCCGAUAGUAGCCAUUCGCAAGCCUAAUGGUAAAGUUCGAAUUUGUGCGGAUUAUUCGACGGGGCUUAACGAAGCUUUAGAGUCAAAUCAUUAUCCUCUACCUACUCCUGAAGAAAUUUUUGCACAGUUGAACGGAAGUGUUGUAUUCAGCAUAGUCGAUUUGUCCGAUGCAUACCUACAAGUAGAAGUAGAAGACGAAUCUAAACACCUUCUUACGAUCAACACACAUAGAGGUCUUUUUCAGUUCAACCGUCUCGCACCGGGAGUCAAAUCAGCACCUGGAGCUUUUCAAAGACUAGUUGACGGUAUGAUUGCUGACAUUCCUGGCGUUAGAACAUUUCUAGAUGAUGCUAUAAUUUUCGGUAAAACUUGGGAGGCACACAAGCAAUCAUUAGACACAUUUCUUCAGCGUUUAAAAGAAUAUGGCUUCCACGUCAAGCUGGAAAAAUGUCAUUUCUAUCAAACUGAAAUUGUCUAUUUGGGGCAUGUGGUAGAUCGCAACGGCAUACGUCCUGACCCAGAGAAGCUGAAAACCAUCGCAUCUAUUCCAGCACCAACGAACAUUUCCGAAUUAAGAUCGUUCUUAGGAGCUGUGAAUUUCUACGGCCGAUUUGUGAGAAACAUGCAUGAACUCAGACACCCGUUAGAUCAAUUGCUAAAGAAGGAUACGAAGUGGAAGUGGAAUUCGGAUUGUCAGACAUCGUUCGAAAAAUUCAAGAAAGUACUGCAAUCUGACUUACUGUUGACACAUUAUGAUCCGAAUCUUCCUAUCAUCGUUGCAGCAGAUGCGUCUAGCACCGGCGUUGGCGCAGUCAUUUUUCAUAAAUUUCCGAACGGAUAUUUGAAAGCCAUUCAACAUGCUUCAAGAACAUUAACGUCUGCAGAACAAGGCUACGGACAACCGGAAAAAGAAGCUCUGGCUCUUACUUAUGGGGUAACCAAAUUUCAUAAGUACUUACUUGGUCGGAAAUUUACUCUUUUAACCGAUCAUAAGCCUUUACUAUCCAUAUUUGGUUCAAAAAAGGGAAUUCCUUUGCACACAGCAAACCGACUCCAACGGUGGGCAUUGAUGUUAUUAAACUACGAUUUUACCAUCGAAUAUGUUUCAACCACCGAGUUUGGGUGCGCUGACAUGCUAUCAAGGCUAAUCGACCGUUGCAAGCAACCAGAGGAAGAUUACGUUAUAGCUUCGAUUUCACUUGAAGAGGAUAUUCAAAACGUCAUGCACGAAUCAUUGAAACAAGUACCAGUAUCAUUUGCUGACAUUCAAAAAGCAACAAGAUUGGACGAAACACUGCAAGCUGUUUUGAAAUUCAUCCGGGAAGGCUGGCCGAACGAAGCGUCGUCAAUCAAAAAUCAAGACAUUCGUUCGUAUUACACACGAAAAGAAUCGUUAACGCAUGUAGAUGGAUGUAUCUUGUUUCACAACAGAGUUGUUGUUCCAAACAUUUACAGGAAAAAGGUACUUCAACAAUUCCAUCGCGGUCAUCCUGGAAUGGUGCGAAUGAAAUCCAUUUCUCGAAGUUUCGUUUUCUGGCCGGGAAUGGAUGUCGAUAUCGAAAACUUUGUCCGGCGUUGUACUUCAUGUUGCACUGCUGGCAAAGCACCAAUCAAAGAAACACCUGAAUCUUGGCCUGUGCCGGAAAAGCUAUGGUCACGGGUACACGUGGACUAUGCCGGUCCUGUAGAUGGCGUGUAUUUUUUGGUUGUAGUUGAUCCAUACACAAAAUGGCCAGAAGUAUAUGCAACCAAAACUACAACAGCAAAGACAACUAUCAAGUUUUUAACGCAAUCAUUCGCAACGUUUGGUGUUCCAGAAACUAUAGUCUCUGAUAAUGGUACCCAGUUCACCAGCUUUGAAUUCCAAGCAUUUUGCAAACAAUUGGGUAUUUGUCACAUCCGUACUGCACCAUACCAUCCGCAGUCAAACGGUUUGGCAGAACGUUUCGUGGACACACUAAAGCGUACAUUGCGAAAAAUUCGAGCAGGAGGAGAGACUUUAGAUGAAGCUUUGCAGACUUUUUUGCAAGUUUAUCGAACCACACCUACACCAGAUAAGUCUCCAGCUGAAUUGAUGUUUCAGCGGCCUAUUCGAACAGUUCAGUCAUUAUUACUACCUCCAGUUUCACGGUCACGAAAUGAAAAGCCAGAAGCUGGUAGAAAAUUCUUCGAUCCUGGAGAAGCGGUUUAUGCCCAAGUCCACCGCAAUAAUUCCUGGGAGUGGAAACCGGCAUCAAUAGUCGAACGAGUCGGUAGAGUGAAUUACAACGUGUUUUUGGAAGACAACCAGCGAAUUAUUCGCUCACAUGCAAAUCAACUGAAGAAGCGUCUACAGGAGGAAACAUCGUGUGGAAAUAGAAAUUGUCACGACACUGGAAAUUUGUUAACUAUUUUCUUUGACGAAUUUGAAUUGGGAACUCCACAGGCAGUUGAAAACUCAAUUGAAAUGACUGAACAAGAACAUUACUAUUCAGCUGAUGAAGAGUCCGCUGAAGAAAUUGAAGGAGAAAAUUGGCAAACAUCAUCGUCCACAGUUACUACUCAAGCCACUCCACCGAUGCCUGCAUCUUCUGCUCAACCCGUGAAAGCGGAAAGACCUCGAAGAAUUCGUAGGCCACCAGCCAGGUUUGAACCGUAUUGGUGAAUUAAGGGGGGAGAUGUUGCAUAGUAACACGCAUAACGCAGUAACAUUGCAAGACUCGAUCAGAGUACACAUUGAGUGAAUAAAGUCGAUUCCAUUCUGAACU